GUGUGUAUGUUCUCAUAGCGAUUGGGGCUGUAAUGAUGUUUGUGGGGUUCCUUGGUUGUUAUGGAGCUAUUCAAGAAUCUCAGUGUCUCUUAGGAACGUUCUUCACAUGUUUAGUGAUCCUCUUCGCCUGUGAGGUGGCAGCAGGAAUAUGGGGGUUUAUUAACAGGGACACGAUCUCCACUGAGCUCAUUAACUUCUAUGAUGCUGCAUACAUUAAAGCUGUGGAUCCUGUGGACACAACAUCCAGACAGGCAGCUUCCAAAGUUCUGGAGGUCUUCCAUGACUCGCUGGAUUGCUGUGGUAAAGGGGAUGAAAACCAACUUUUCACAGUUGUCCAGGCCUCUCUGUGUCCCAAAAAGACAUUCCCACUUGACCCGCUCAUCUCCCAG